AUGCGCGACAUGAUGCAUCGAGAGAACAGGAUGCCAAUCAUCGACCAGCUCCAUAAACCUGGCACUCCGCCUCCUGCACCGGUAUCGGCGCCGCGCACGAACCCGACUUCGCCCAGCAAUCCUAUUCCUGGCCCGUGGGCAAAGUCGACUCUGGCGUACUCUGUCACGUCUCCCGCGCGGGACGACCCCCAGCGCGAGCACCUCAAGAGUGUGUGGGAGCAGGCUGCCGAUACGAACGUGGCUUCGUCGUCUGCGCCCGUGCCCGCGCCUAGCCAACCUGAGACGCCUCUAUACCCGACGCUCAACUCACCUGCGACCGCGCCUGACCCGGCGAGCCUCAAGCCGGUGUACCCGAUGGGCCAGUCCGCGUUCGGAGCCCGGGGCCAGUUCGGCCAGAGCUACAGCCAGUUCUCGGGGGCGACGAGCCCCGACGGAGGCAUGGGUGUGCAGUACGGGAUCAUGGGCCGUGGACAGACGGCAGGCAAUGCCAACGGCUUCCAGCAGGGCCUGUGGGCGCCAUCGCCGUCGUUCGGUAACUCUCUCUCGGGCGGGUACGCGUACCAGAAGCCGCCAGAGAAGCCAACCACCUUCGCAAAGGACGCCAACCCUAACUUCACUGGCGACUUCCGCUACCCCGCCAACUCGAACCAGGCGUUCCAGGGCAACUACAACGGGUACCAGUACCGGAACCCCCAGCAGAGUUACGGACACGUGGGAUACGGACACACAGGGUUUGGGACGCAGAUGGCAGGCCCACGCGCCAACACGCAGUCGCGGUUUAUGGGCAAUGGCGAGUUCCCAAUGGGUUACGACGCCAACUACUACUCUGGCCACGCCGGACAGCAUCCAGCCGGGUAUUCUAACGGGGGUGGAAUGGAACAGCCGCGACCGGGGCGCAAGAUGUGGUAG